AUGGCUGUUCGACGAUUACAACAAGAUUUUCGACAAUUAAUCAAAAAUAAAGUAGAUGGAAUGGAUGCAAGUCCAUCAUUAGACAAUCUUUUUCUCUGGAAUGCUAUUAUUUGUGGUCCAGAAGAAAGUAUUUAUGAAUCUGGUACAUUUCAACUUCAAUUAAAUUUUCCAGAAGAUUAUCCAAAUCGACCACCGCAAGUUCGAUUUAUUACAAAAAUCUUUCAUCCAAAUGUUUGGUGGGAAGAUGGAUUUAUUUGUGUUGAUAUACUUAAAGAUGGUUGGUUACCAUCUUAUGAUGUUUUAGCAAUACUUCAUUCAAUUCGUCUACUUCUAAUUGAUCCAAAUGCACUUAGUCCGGCUAAUAUAGAAGCUGCUUUACUUUAUCGUGAUAAUCGAGUUGAAUAUAAUCGACGUGUUUUACAGAUGAUUCAAGAUACACUCGAUACCGAUGAUGACAAUGACGAUGAUGAUGACGAUGAUGAUGAUGAUGAUGAUAAUGACGAUGGUCAUGUUGAAGAUGGCGAUACACGUCGUCAAAAGACGAGGAUUUUUCGUCAUAGCAUGACUGAAUGA